UGAGCAUGCGCAGUUGCUGCAUCCUUCCCGAGCUCGCUGCCUGCGGCCAGAGACGCUCGGCAGCAUAAAUAUCGCUUAUUUCUAUGAGGCCGGAUAGCCGGGGUGUACGCCGUUCACGAGGGUCAUUGCCGGAGUUUCGUCCGUAAUGUCCACAUCUAUGCCUUCGUGGUCAGAGAAAGCACUAGUACUGCUUCGCCAAAUGAAUAACUUUCAUUUGCCAGGCUCCAAGCUCACGCAAUGUCUACGUUUCGUUAUUGACGGGAAGCACGUGGGAUGGGUCCCCCCUGCGGUGGCAUCCGCGUUGAGCCGCUUUCCCGAGGUCUUCAGCCCACCCCAGGGGGACAGCAUAACACUCCGCCCCAGCCUGAGAUCGUACAAGAAGCGGUCCGAGGCCGUGCACGAAGUGCUGCGACAGCUGAAGGAGGAGAAUGCCUUCGCCUGUUUGAGGGGAUGGAGGGACGAGCAGAAGUAUGAAGUGAUGCCGCGGUUCUGUGAUGGUUCCCUGAUGUGCAUGGAAAGAUCCGCCACCAGUCUAUUUGGAGUGAAACGGUAUGGAGUCCACGUGAAUGGCUACGUGCAUGAUGAAGCUGGGAGGAUCUGCAUGUGGCUGGCACGGAGAUCUCCUACCAAGCAGACCUACCCAGGGAGACUCGACAACUUGGCGGCUGGAGGUCUGGCAGCAGGAAACAGUGUCAGACAAACCCUCCUCAAAGAGUGCGAGGAAGAAGCACGUAUCCCAGCAUGCAUUGCCAAGGCGGCUCGUCCAGUCAGCACUGUCAGUUAUACACACGAAGAUCACGAGGGCGUUUUUCCAGAGAGCCAGUUUGUGUUUGACCUGAAGCUGCCUUCUGAAUUCAAGCCUCAGAUUGGAGAUGGGGAAGUUGAAGAAUUCCACCUCUGGCCCCUGCAUAAAGUGAAAGAUCUGUUGGUCAGUGACGACUUCAAACCCAACAGUGCCAUGGUGGUCUUGGACUUCCUCAUCAGACACUCUUACGUAGAGCCUGACUCUGAGCCCUAUUACCAGGAGUUUGUGACUGGACUGCACAGGUCCCUUUGAAUCUGCAUCCGAAAGAGUGAUUGUAGAGCAAAAACAAUGGACCUCGCUUCAUCAUAGUUGUUGUAAUCAUCAUCAUCAUACACUGACAAUGCAUUUGUUUAAUGCGCGACUCGCCAUUGAACAAGUUCAUUUUUGUCAGAAGAAUUGUUCUGACUUGACAGGAGGCAGAUUGUUUUGGCCGCUGGUUCUUCAGACAUUCCGGGUUCUACAUGAGGACGUGCCUCUUAUUUUUUUUUCCUAGGCCGAUUAAUAAUGCUACAUCAUUGGUACAAGUACAUUGGAAUGCUUCUCUUCGCCCCCCCGUCUUGCUCUCCAUAGCUUGGGGGUCACAGCGCAGGGUCAGCCAACAUACAGCGUCCCUGGAGCUGGGGGUUAAGGGUCUUGCUCAAGGCCCCUCGGACAUGUGACUGUUCUGCCGAAGCUGAGGCUCCAGACAGAGGUCCUUCUGUUUACAUCCACGGAGCCUUUGUAAAUCAAAAUAAAGUCAGAUGUUACUACUGCAUUUUCUGUGGUUGUUAUCGACUUCAUUAUCUAUUGAUGUAUAUUCUGAUCCCAUAUGGGGUAUAAAGUACAGCUGUAAUAUUUAAGAUGUUCACUUGGACCGAGUCAGGUGGCACAAGGAGACUAGCGUCUGUGUUUUUUUUGUAUUAACUUGCUGUUAAACAUCUGGCAUAUGAAUGAAAAUUUGGUGUCUCAGUUGAUUAAUGCCCAUUUUUACCAAUUACUUGAGGCUGUUUGGUGUACAAAUAUCCCUCUGGCUCUAAAUUCAGAUUUAUAACUCCUCAUUUUACACUUUGUGGGUAAAUUUCCUGCUUGGGGUCAAUAAAUCAUAUCUGUUGAUAA